AUGGUGGCUGAAUGGCCUUUAAAGCUUGGUGACGCAUCGCAACUUUAUCUGCUCGAAUUAGGCAGCGUAAUUCGUGGAAAUCUCACAGAUGAAAAUUCUGAUUUUUUCCGGCGCAACAACGGGCACCCAUUUACGACCGUGGAUAGGGAUAAUGACGAUGCUGGCUCGAACUGCGCUCAGACACGGAAUCACGGAUUUGUUUCUGCCUUCCUGUUUUUUUUAACUCGAUCUUUUCAGCAGUAA